CAAACUUCAGAAUGAUAUCCAACUCAUGGCCCAGCAUGUAGAAUAUAUCAUGAAAGCGAUGAAGCCCGGUGACUCUUUUGAACGUCUAGAACUUGACUUACGUUUUCAGGGAAUCGAUGACAUUCCACAAACCUGUGCCGAUAUUCCGGAACGGGUCUCGGGGCCAUACCAGAUUCAGCCAUCAGUGGGAUUCCAGAAACCGUUCGAAGUCUUCUGCGAUCAGGACUACGAGGAAGGUGGGUGGAUCGUCAUACAAAAUCGCUUCAAUGGCUCUGUAGACUUUCACCGGGACUGGGCAGCCUAUGAGGAGGGAUUCGGAAACCCACGAGGCGAGUAUUGGCUGGGACUGAAGAAUAUCCAUGAAUUGACCCAUUCCAGACGGCAUGAGUUGCUCGUCAUGUUGGAAGAUUUCGAAGGUCAAUCGAAGGUGGCCAGGUACGAUGAUUUUCGAGUGGCCGAUAAGGCAGAAAAGUACACUCUACAAAGUCUUGGCAAGUACAGCGGCACUGCAGGGGAUUCACUUAGUUUUGCAAUCGACCUAAAGUUCAGCACUAAGGAUGCGGACAACGAUUCUUGGGACGGAAAUUGUGCGGAAAGAUUCGUCGGCGCCUGGUGGUAUUCUGCCUGUCAUGCAAGUAACCUCAACGGAAAGUAUUUUAAGCAAGGGGUCAAAACCAAAGCAAGCGGGAUGAGCUGGGAUAGUUUUUAUUCCAGCGACUAUUCACUGAAACGGGCAAGAAUGAUGAUUCGGCCUAAAGUUUAACCACCAAUAAGACUGCGCAAGCUGGAUUUGUGAUUUGAAAUUCCGAAA